GUCAGUCCACUACUGGUGCAAGGCUGCACACUUCUAAGAAGGGCAGCGCGGGGGCUUGGCGACCUUCGCUUCAGUCGCUCCCCCUUGCAGUCCCCUGUGCCCAAGACACAGCCUGAUGCUUGCGUUCCGCUGGGCGGGGCUUGGAGGCGGCGGGAACUUCAAUUGGUGGCUUUGAAGGCGCGGCGGGCGGCAACAGCUGCUGUGGAGAGAGACUGCAGGAGAUGUGGGCCGUGCCAAAGAGAUGGAUGAGACUGUUGCUGAGUUCAUCAAGAGGACCAUCUUGAAAAUCCCCAUGAAUGAACUGACAACAAUCCUGAAGGCCUGGGAUUUUUUGUCUGAAAAUCAACUGCAGACUGUAAAUUUCCGGCAGAGAAAGGAAUGUGUAGUUCAGCACUUGAUCCAUCUGUGUGAGGAAAAGUGUGCAACUCUCAGUGAUGCUGCCCUGUUAGACAUCAUUUAUACGCAAUUUCAUCAACACCAGAAAGUUUGGGAUGUUUUUCAGAUGAGUAAAGGACCAGGUGAAGAUGUUGACCUUUUUGAUAUGAAACAAUUUAAAAAUUCGUUUAAGAAAAUUCUUCAGAGAGCAUUAAAAAAUGUGACAGUCAGCUUCAGAGAAACUGAGGAGAACGCAGUCUGGAUUCGAAUUGCCUGGGGAACACAGUACACAAAGCCAAACCAGUACAAACCUACCUACGUGGUGUACUACUCCCAGACUCCGUACGCCUUCACGUCCUCCUCCAAGCUGAGGCGCAAUACUCCGCUUCUGGGUCAGAACUUUGAAACUCACAACUCUACGACACCUCUACAGGAAAGAAGCCUUGGACUAGAUAUAAAUAUGGAUUCAAGGAUCAUUCAUGAAAACAUAGUAGAAAAAGAGAGAGUCCAACGAAUAACUCAAGAAACAUUUGGAGAUUAUCCUCAACCACAGCUAGAAUUUGCACAAUAUAAGCUUGAAACGAAAUUCAAAAGUGAUUUAAAUGGGAGCAUCUUGGCUGAGAGGGAAGAACCCCUCCGAUGCCUAAUAAAGUUCUCUAGCCCACAUCUUCUGGAAGCAUUGAAAUCCUUAGCACCAGCUGGUAUUGCAGAUGCACCACUUUCUCCACUGCUCACUUGCAUACCCAACAAGAGAAUGAAUUAUUUUAAAAUUAGAGAUAAAUGAGACGUGCGUGGUUUCAUAAGCACAGCUCUUCCUUCUUGAUACUGCACAUGCACUUCAGUUCAUGGCUAGCUGUAGAGCUUCCGUCUGUAAACUUGUAUUUUCAAGAAUCCUUGGUAUUGAAUUUUUAGAAAUGCUCACAUAAUUGUUGGGACUGAUUCAUUCCUCCACGAUACGCCUCCUCUCUCUGAUAUCCUGCUAACUGUGGCCGUUGUGGCAUUUUAGAUGACAGGACAUAUAUAUAUAUGGCCCCACCCUUGACUUUGAGUGCCUGAAUGCUCUGAAAUCAAGCAUAUGGCGCAGCGCUUGAGACUUUUGGGUUUGUGUCCUUUUUUCUAUGGCUGUCUCUUCUCGAUUCUGGAGAGGUCUGGUUCCAGUGGCUGGUUUCCAGGGAUUGAUUCUUAAGCUCUGGAUCACAGAAAGAAGCAACAAGGAACUAUACUCAACUCAAAACUUUUUAGGAGAAUCAUGAAAUUGGUCCAUUCAAAGGAUGGAGUUGAGUCCAUUGUGUUAUUGUUGCAAGAGGUUGCAUAUUUGGUGAGUCAGUUACAUAAAAUAAUGUUCUUAUUGUAAAUAUGAUACUUCUUAUAAUCUGUUUUAUCAUGUGUAUAACAUUCAAACUGACAAAUAUUAUACUGACUUAUGAAUAAAGGUGUCAAAAAACUGGCACAUCAGUUAAUUUUGAUGAAAGUCCUUCAGUGAUCAUCACUAAAUACCCUGUCUUUCUAAAAAUUUUUUCCUUUCUAAUUUUUUAUUUAUUUAUUUAUUUAUUGAGACAGGGUCUCACUCUGUCACCCAAGCUGGAGUGCAGUGGCAUGAUCAUGGCUCACUGCAGCCUCAACCUCCCAUGCUCAAGUGAUCCUCCCACCUCAGCCUCCCGAAUAGCUGGGAUUACAGACGCACUCCAUCAUGCCCAGCUAAUUUUUUUUGUUUGUUUUUUGUUUUUUGAGACAAAGUCUCCUGUCACCCAGGCUGGAGUGCAAUGGCACAGUCUUUGCUCCCUGCAACCUCUGCCUCCUGUGUUCAAGCGAUUCUCCUGCCUCAGCCUAUGAGUAGCUGGGACUACAGGCAUGCACCACCAUGCCCAGCUAAUUUUUGUAUUUUUAGUAGAGACAGGGUUUCUCCAUGUUGCCCAGGCUGGUCUCAAACUCCUGGGCUCAAGCAGUCUGCCCAUUUUAGCCUCCCAAAAUGCUGGGAUUAUAGGAGUGUAUUAGUCUGUUCUCAUGCUGCUAAUAAAGAUACCUAAGACUGGAUAAUUUACAAAGGAAAGAGGCUUAACUGACUCACAUUUCCACAUGGCCGAGGAGGCCUCACAAUCAUGGUGGAAGGCAAAUGAGAAGCAAAGUCACGUCUUACAUGGCGGCAGGCAAGAGCGCUUGUGCAGGGAAACUCCCAUUUAUAAAACCAUCAGAGCUCAUGAAACUUAUUCACUACUGUGAGUAUGGAGGAAGUCUUUCCCAUGACUCAAGUAUCUCCACCUGGCCCUGCCCUUGACACAUGGGAGUUAUUACAAUUCAAGGUGAGACUUGUGUGGAGACACAGCCAAACCAUAUCACAGGCAUGAGCCACCACAUGCGCCAGCAUGUCUUUUUUAAACAUUUUAAAAUCUAUUCUUUAUCUUGUUUCAGAGAGGAUUUGGAGUUACAAAAACACAUUAGACUGGGCAUGAUGGCUCACACUUGUAAUCCCAGCACUUCGGGAGGUUUCUCCUAGUGUACUCUCACACUUCUGAUACCAGAUAUGUCGGGGGGGUGGUUUCCUCCACACAUUAAGCAAGUGUGAAACAUGAUAGACAAAAUGACUUCACUCUGGGCCGGGUGUGGUGGCUCACGCCUGUAAUCCUAGCACUUUGGGAAGCUGAGGUGGGCAGAUGACCCGAGGUCAGGAGUUCGAGACCAGCCUAGCCAACAUGGCAAAACCUCAUCUCUACUAAAAAUACAAAAAUUAGUUGGGGGUAGUGGCAGGUGCCUGUAAUCCUAGCUAUUUCGGAGGCUGAGGCAGGAGAACUGGUUGAACCGGGGAGGCAGAGGUUGCAGUGAGCCAAGAUCAUGCCACUGCACUCUAGCCUGGGUGACACAGUGAAACUCUACCUCAAAAAAUAAAAUAAAGGCCAGGCAUGGUGGCUCACGCCUAUAAUCCUAGCACUUGCGGAGGCCGAGGCGGGCGGGUCACAGGUCAGGAGUUUGAGACCAGCCUGACCAACAUGGUGAAAGUGAACCCCAACUCUACUAAAAAUACAAAAAUUAGCCAGGCGUGGUGGUGUGCACCUGUAAUCCCAGCUACUCAGGAGGCUGAGGCAGGAGAAUCGCUUGAACCUGGGAGGCAGAGGUUGUAGUGAGCCGAGACUGCGCCACUGCAUUGCAGCCUAGGUGACAGAGUGAGACUCCAUCUCAAAAAAAUAAAUAAAUAAAAUAAUUCAGAGCUCUAAAAUGGAGGGAGGAAGCCAUUCUAAAAAGGACUCCCUACAUGACCUGCAACUUGAAAAAAAAUAAAAUUAAAAACUCCAAAAAGAAAAAAAAAUACAGGAACUUACCCUGAACCUUUGAAUUGGGCCAAAUUGCAAUGACCACUGCAUCCUGGAAAAUUUUAUUUCACCAGCACUACAACUCCUCAACAGCACCAACCAAUAAACUAUGGAUUUUUGUACUAAGCCAGUCACCUCUUUCAAAACAACUUGUCUAAUCACCCUCAGCUUUUCAAAAAACCCCUCCUCUACCCUCUCUCUUCAGAACACAAGUGGCUUCUAGCUGAAUCUGUCUCCCAAAUUGCAAUUCCUAAGACCUCAAUAAAAACACCUUGUCUUGC